CCCGCCCACGGCCGGCCCCCUCCGGCCCCGCCGGGCACACUGAACAGCUGCGGCCGCCCCGGCCCGACCGCCACCUGCCCGGGAGGACGCGGCCGCCGGACCUGCCCCAGCGCCCGCCGCUCCGCCACCGCCAUGCCGCAGACCGAGGCCCUGAAGGUCCGCCUGACCCUCCUCUGCGUGCUGGCGGGCAUCGUGCUGGCGCUGGUGGCCGUGGUGACCGACCACUGGGCCGUGCUGAGCCCCCACGUGGAGCACCGCAACGCCAGCUGCCAGGCGGCGCACUUCGGCCUCUGGCGGAUUUGCACCAAGCGGAUCGUGCCGGGCGACGGCAAGGACAGGAGCUGCGGACCCAUCACCCUGCCUGGGGAGAAAAACUGUUCCUACUUCAGGCAUUUUAACCCAGGCGAGAGCUCGGAGAUCUUCGAAGUUACCACUCAGAAAGAGUACAGCAUCUCGGCCGCAGCCAUUGCCAUCUUCAGCCUGGGCUUCGUCAUCGUGGGGACCGCCUGCGCGCUCCUGUCCUUCCGGAAGAAGCGGGAUUACCUGCUGAGGCCGGCAGCCAUGUUCUUCGCCUUCGCGGGUCUCUGCAUCUUCGUCUCGGUAGAGGUCACACGGCAGUCGGUGAAGCGCAUGGUCGACAGCGAGGACACCGUCUGGAUCAAGUACUAUUACUCCUGGUCCUUCGCCUGCGCCUGCGCGGCCUUCGUCGUCCUCUUCCUAGGCGGCCUCGCCCUCCUGCUCUUCUCCCUGCCGCGGAUGCCCCAGAACCCCUGGGAGUCCUGCAUGGACGCCGAGCCCGAGCACUAGCCCUCCUGGGCCCCGACCCUCCUCGGGGCUGUCCCCAGCCCAGAACAUUCUAGAAGGAGGCAGGAGCGCUACUUCUCCCCGUUCCCACCCGCCCCUGCCCCCCCCCCCCCCCCCCCGGCAGCACAGCUGCUCGCCCUGUCUGAGCACUUCUCUGGGCGGUGAACCCAGCAAGUGGCCGUGGUCCAUACCUGCCCCACACAGGAGGAAGGCAAGUGCACAGGCGCUUGGAGAGGCCCGACCUCCCGCUGGAGUUCCCGGUUGUCCUCGAUAAGCCCACCAACUGUCCUCUGUGGCUCGUCUACCUGUUCUGGGUGUUCAGCUGUGUGAAUGGCCAGACCCCCUCUCCUUCCUGGUGACCCGCACAGCCCCUCCUUGGCUUCUGGGAGACCCAACAAGCAGUUUUUAACUGGUUAGACUCUGACUGUGGUUUGAAAUAAAACCUCUUCAAAAACUUG